ACAAAAAGCAAGUAUCCCUGAGCUAUGUGUAAAUUUUGUGCGUCUUCAACAUGGCCAACGGCAACAAAAACCGAGAUUCUGACCUUGGGGGUGAUGGGAUGGCUUCCUCUAUAGUCGUCGUUGUUUUUGCUUUCUGUUGCUGGUUUGGGGAUCAGGAACUAGGUACCAGGCUGCUCAAGCUCUCCUCUCUCGCGUGUGCACUUAGAAUUCCCGACAAUCCAUGCCAAAAUGGUGCCUCAGGCUGUGAAGCUGCUUCAAAUGUCGCUGGGCCAGUGGAGACGAGGCGUUGUCAAGGUGAAGGUGCACCCCAUGGCCAAGGGCGCCCUCACAUACGCGAUCAUGUGGCCCACGGGCAGUCUGAUCCAGCAGGCGCUGGAGGGACGCAAUCUGAAAGACUACGACUGGGCCCGGGCCCUACGCUUCAGUCUGUUCGGAGCCCUUUACGUGGCCCCCACACUCUACGGCUGGGUGCGACUCACCAGUGCCAUGUGGCCGCAGACGAACCUGCGCACGGGUGUCGUCAAGGCCAUCACAGAGCAGCUCUCCUACGGACCCUUUGCUUGCGUCAGCUUCUUUAUGGGAAUGAGCCUGCUGGAGUUCAAGAGCCUGGCCGAGGCCGUCGAAGAGACCAAGGAGAAGGCGGUUCCCACAUACAAGGUCGGUGUGUGCAUCUGGCCCUUCCUGCAGACCAUAAACUUCUCCCUUGUGCCGGAACACAACCGCGUCGUCUUUGUGAGCAUAUGCAGCCUGAUGUGGACCAUCUUUCUGGCAUACAUGAAAACGCGUCACUCCGAGGAGCAAACGGAGGGCGACGGCACUACCACGGAUCUCUCCUGUACAUAGUCCCCUCUGUUGUUUGUUGUUUGUGUGUUCCCUUAGGUAAAUUCUUUAGGACAAAAUUAGAUAGAAUUAGCGCACAUU